CCUUUUUUCUCUGCCGGUUGAGAACUCGUUUGUCUCUCUGCCCUCACAGUUCAGCCGAAAACAGUAUCGUCGGAACCCUAGCCUCCAUGCCCCAUGACUAGAGCCUCCUCCUACCCUCGUGGUUUCUCUUCGUAGACAUCUGGACCGUGAUCGCAAGGUACCGUUGGCACGUCAGAACAUCUGCCGAUGCGAACAAUCCUGUCUGACCAAUGAAGGUUCCGGUAGAUCUGAUGAGACUCCGACAGCCGUGUUGGAGCCGGUGACGGAACUCAACGUGCCGGAGGCAUGGCAGGAUGUCCUCGCAACAGCUGAGCGAAGUCUUCCCGUUGUUCGAUUGGACUGAACCAAGCUUCUGAUCGAGUCGAGUUGAUCCCAUGGCGUUGACGACAUGGCAGCCUUCACUGUGGGCCGACCUCCUGCCGGAGCUCCUAGGACGGGUCAUUGCCCGACUCCCGUUUCCCGACGACCUCGCCCGCUUCCGUGCCGUGUGCCGUACUUGGCACUCGGCCGUGCGGGAGCACGCCCGUCCUGGGCUGCCGUGGGUCCUCCACUCCGAUGGCACUUUCGUCACCCACGAUUAUGGUUUUCAUCGGCGUGUUCCUUUCCCUGACAAUACAAGAUUCGUGGGUGCCGAUGGCAGCUGGCUCGCUCUCUACCGCACCGAUGGCGCCAAUGGUGGACGGCGCAGCUAUCUUCACCCGUUCACCAAAACUACGGUGCCGCUCCCUGGCCUAGACUCUGUCAUCGGGAAGGUCCAUGACAGGUUUAAUAUUCGAAAGGUGCUCAUGCGGUCUGACCAAGAUGAUAUCAUCGCCGUGACGACCAACAGUGGAAAUUACCCACUCAUCUUGUGUCGUCCUGGGAAACCCGGUGCAUGGUUCCCUGAACAAGGAGAUGUAGCAUAUGCCUCUAUAAAUGACAUCGCCUUCCACGGGGGAAAUCUCUAUGGGAUCACCUAUGACAAGGAGCUUGUCAUGCUGGGCCUUGACGAGGAUGACGAUGGCAUACCUGCUGUUGCAAGUGCUGGAUGUGUUAUCGAGUACAUGCCGGAUGAUGACGAGGCAUAUGAGGAAGAAGCGAAUGAGGAUGGUGGAGAAGCAUCAAGCAAUGAAGACGAAGAUGAGGCAGAGUACAGUGACAUGUCAAGCUUUGAUGAGGAGGGCGACGAGGAUGGGGAAUCAUCGAGCAAUGAUGACGAAGAAGAGGCAGAUUACGACGAGGGGCUGUCAAGCCUUGAUGCAGGUGACGAUGACCAUGAAGAUUUUUCAAGCAACGAGGAUGAAGAAGAUGCGUUAAAUCUUAUAAAUGGUCUAGAUGACUAUGAAGCUAACAAUUUCACAUACUAUGAAGGUGAUGGGUUAAUUCCAGAACGCGCUGAGUUCCUUGAGGAUGGUUACUACGAGCACGGAGGAGACAUGCCCAACGAACCAAGGGAAUACAUAUUUAUUUUUCGAUAUCUCAUCGAGUCGAAUGGCAAGUUGCUCAUGCUAAGGCGACGAGAGCGCACACAAAAUUGCUCCGAUAGCUACAUUUUAGAUGUGGAGGUCCUAGAGGCAAACUUGGGCACAUGCAAGUGGGUUCCAACUGAUAUGGCUGGCAGACUCUACGUGAGUGACCGUAACUCAAAAUAUGUUUCUGCGCUUAGCGGCGAGGAUGAGAAUGAGUUGGCCUUCUACUUUGUGGAUGAGCAUGACGAGAUGGACCCAGAAUCUCAAACUCCUGAUGAAAUCAUGGGGAGUAUGGCAACGUGGUUUUUCCCACGAGAGUUAGUUGUUUAAUUAGUAGUGAGCACUAGUUUAGUUCAAAUGUCCAUCUUAUUUUUGCGCAGUUUUCUUUAUGGAUUUGCAUCACGCUAAUACUACAUAAUGUGGUAUUGUAAAAGACUUUUAUGAGAUAAUAUUUUAGAAGUAUUUAUAUGGCUAUAUGCAUCGCUUGAUGCAGAGCUGGCGUCUAUUUUUCCCUUUCCAGAAAAAUGGACGUCUUACAAAUUGAGGUGACGUCGCUGUAAAAUAAAAAUGUCAGA